GAGAGGGGGGGUAUUACCGGGUGCGCGUGCGCUCAGCGCGUUUUUACCGCAGUAUCUCUGGAUUAGCGCGCGCGCUGCGGCACUCCAUUCGGUUCUCAGCGAGAAAAACGAACCGACCGAUUAGCAAAGAAACUGCUGUCCUGAUCCAUCAGCCGGUGCUGCACGAGCGUUUAUUCUCCCGUUAUACCGUCAUAAUACAGCGCGCCGCUGAGAAUCUACAAGAUCAUGGCUAAAGAAGAUGAGAAGAAGGAAUCCGGAAAAUGGAAGGAAUUCUUCUGGAAUCCGAGGACGCAUGAACUGCUCGGUAGAACGGCGAGCAGCUGGGGUCUGAUUCUGUUGUUCUAUUUGGUCUUCUAUACAUUUCUGGCUGGUAUGUUCUGUCUCACCAUGUAUGUGAUGCUGCUAACACUCGACGACUAUCACCCUACCUGGCAGGACCGUCUGGCCACACCAGGUAUGAUGAUCCGGCCUAGAGGCGACGCUCUAGAAAUCAUUUAUAAUUUGGAGCAAACUGAGAGCUGGGACAAAUACGUCCAGGCGUUGGACAACUUCCUUGCACCGUAUAAUAACUCUCAGCAGGUGAUGAAUAAUGACGCCUGCACACCCGAUAAGUAUUUCAUUCAAGAGGACAGCGGAGAGGUUCGCAACAACCCCAAACGUUCCUGCCAGUUCAACCGCACCAUUCUGGAUGCCUGUUCCGGACUCAAUGACCACACUUACGGUUACGAGGAUGGCCAACCCUGCGUGCUCAUCAAACUUAACCGGGUUAUUGGAAUGUUGCCUGGGAAGGAAGGACAAACUCCAUAUGUCACAUGUGGAGCAAAGAAGGAAGACAGCGACACCAUUCAUGAGAUUAAAUUCUACCCUCCGAAUGGAACCUUCAACCUCAUGUACUACCCAUACUACGGCAAAAAAGCACAGGUGAAUUAUUCUCAACCUCUGGUAGCAGUGAAGUUUGUGAACAUCUCUAUGAACACAGACGUCAACGUGGAGUGUAAAAUCAACUCCAACACCAUCACUCAAUUCAGCGAGCGAGAUAAGUUUGCUGGCCGUAUCACCUUUAAACUGCGCAUCAACAAAAAGUAGAACAACCAUCUGUGGACCACACAAACACACACACAUUUACUUACACAAACAAACACAAACACAGUAACAUAAACAUGAGAGGAGAUUUCAGGAGGCAUCAUUCAUAUCAAAGUAUUCGGUGUUUUUAGCCGUCCCAAUAUUCCUGUCUACACAAUGAAUUCUGAGUGUGUGUGUGUGUGUGUGUGUGUGUGUGUGUGUGUGUGUGUGUGCGCGUGUACACACUUGUGAGUUUUGAGUAAUCUCUUGACUGAUAUUGCUGUAGAGAGCUGAAGGAAAACAUCAUGGAGUUUCUCAUGAAGAAUACUGAAAUCAAUCAUUAACAAUGAGCUGAAUAUGAAUGAAUCUGAAGAACUGAAGUCUUGCUCACAUUUUACCCCCAAAUCACUAGAAAUAAGACGUUUAGCGUAAAGAAAAUGAUGCCUGUUAGAAGACCAAUAAUAUAUUUACCACACACAGCCCGUCACUAUAAUGCAUGAAAGAGGUUCAUUCAAUGAAGAGUAUUUAUAUAUCAUAAUAGUAUUUGCAUUUGUACAGACUUUUUAUUUAUCCUGAACAAUAAAACGUUUUAAGAACCGAUGUAACAACAAGUAUUAUGCCAUUAACUCUUGUGAAACAUCACUUAUCCUCAGGGUCUGACAGACUUCAUUUGCUUUAUUGGCAGAUCGUGUAUAAAAUCAUUUGUUGUUUUGGGUGGUAAAAUGUUUUUCUGAGAUUCAUUUAUUGAGUUUAUAAUAAUGAUGGAUUAGUGGAUGAAUUGUUUAAGACUAAAUUCUGAUGAUCUGAAUGAAGGAUGAGAUGAUCAAAUAUUAUCCACAGAUGAUUGGAUCAAUAAAUAGAGCCAUAGUAGUAAUAUCAACAGUAACACUGUAAAUUAAUGUCUGUCACGGAGAAAAACAACAUUUUCUCUACUAUUCCAAUAUUUGUAUUAUUUAUUUAUUUAUUUAUUUAUAAUGGUAUAUUUAUGUUGUUAUUCGUUUAUUUAUUUGUUUAUGAAUGAUUUGAAUUGUGGUUUUUAUUUGUUUUUCUAUGACAAAGUUUGUGAGAAAAUAUUUUUUACCACUGUAACACAUACACACACACACACACACACACACACACACACACACACACACACACACACACACACACACACACACACACACACACCCACAACACACACACACACACAGUGUCUGAUUGGCUGCUGUUCUGCACAUGCUCAGACUGCACUCAACGACUGAAACCAUGAGCCAAUGAGCUUCAAGCUGCACCAUAUCACGUCAACGUUUAUUUCGCAAUUCGUUUGCCAAAUUGUUAAAUGACUGAUAAUUGAUUCGCUUGGGAAAGGUCUGACAUCCAUUUAAGUGUGUACACAGCAAUACCUUACGGUCCACGUGUGUAUGUUAAUACUUGUAAAUAAUGACGAAUCUGAGGUGGUUAAUGAAGUGAAAAUUUGCCAAGCCAAUAUUUACUAAUCUAGAUGACAGAACAAGCGUGUUUUUCAUUUUUUACUUGUUUGUUUAGAGCACAUCAUGGGUUAGCUGUACUUUAGCACCCAUUAGCACAGCUAAUAUAUGACGUGAACGUUAGCUGCAUAUCUCUCUCCAAACUUUGCGUUGUAUCUUACCUUUCGUAGAAUUUUGAUCAUGUGAUUUGACAUUUGGAUGUUUAAGAAGAUUUCUGUUGAAUGGAUGUAACCUACCACCCAUCAGAUUUACGGGCAGGUUAGCGAAGAGUCGUGUAGUCAGAUGGUUAAUUAGCGUAGCGCUUAUUAGCGAAUCACAAGCCUGCUAUUAGCUGUGUUUCUAUUGGCCCUUCAAAUUGCGCAAACGUAAUAACGAAUCAAGGUGGCUUUUUAAGCAAUUUGAAAAAGAAUAUAUGGCAAAACUGCAAGGUCACCUGACAAGCGUAAAAGUCACGUGAUUAAUUAGUUGUAGAAAAAGACCGAAGAGGUGUGUUCAACUUUUUACGUGGCGUUACAAGCGCGUGGCAUCAAAAUACCCUCCACGGCUCUGUGUGCUUUCCAAUCGCUCUCUUUGUAUUUUGAUGUCAUCAGCGUGUCGGUCUGCACGGCGCUGUAUGAAGUCGAGCACACCCGUCGUCAUGAUUUUGGGAAUGAUUUAGCACGAGACAACAAAAUGAUGUUUUAGCGGCAUACACUGUAAAAAAAAUCCGUAGAAAUUGCAGCUGAGUUGCCGGUAAUUUACCGUAGAUUUAAAUUUAUGUUAUUUACUGGCAACAUUUUGUUCAAAGUUAAAUGAACAUUUAACAUUUACAAGUCUUUGUCUUUACAGAGUAAAACUAAAAAAACAGCAUCAGGCAAAACAAUCUGGGAAACAAAAUCUGAAGCAAAAAACCGAAAAAGGUUGAUGAUGAUUUCUGGUUCCCAGAAUGCUUUGCAUGAGGCUGUUAUUGUAUAGUUUUAUUCUGUAAAGAGUUAAGAUUUAUUUAACUUUGAACAAACUCUUGCCAGUAAAUAACAUAAAUGUAAAUCUACGGUAAAUUACCGGCAACCCAGCUGCAAUAACAUUGAAAUUUUUACGGACUUUUUUUACAGUGUAACAUUGGUUGGCAAUAGUUUUUUGUUGAUAUUCAGAAAAAUAGUCUAAAGUUUUGUGAAAAUCUGUAAUGGAAACGCAGCAAGUGAUGUGCGGCCGGCCUGUCUGUGUGUUUUUUACAAUCCCUGAUUUUGCCCCGAGUUGUGAAUGUGUUGUGAUUAUCUUUAGUUACUGCCACAGUGUUGUGCGUUCAAAACGUUUGAGGGUGCAUGUUAGAAACGUGUGGAAAAAAGACAUUUUCAAUUGAGCAUCACCGGUCCAUCCGUCGCACAUCCGCACAGAAUCGACGGCCUGAUGUUCGAUGUUUACACAUAGCAGUGACUACUAACUAGAUUAGUGGCGUGCUAAACCUACGCUGCCCUCUGUACGUUUACCAAGAUCUACUCUACGCGAACGCUUUACGUCACAGAACAGAUUUUCUAUGUUUGUAAGAUACGCUAAAACGAAUUAUUGCACAUUCUUUUUCACUUCUGUUCUUAGACGCUGCAGCGAUGCAUUUCUUUCUUUAACAUAUGUUUACUCGAUAGUCAUUUUUGUCAGAUUUAGACUUACAUAUCACUACGGCAACAGAAGGAGUGAUGUCAUAAACAUGCGAAACACUGUAACACCACGAUGUCAUGGAUGAUUCUUAGCGUUGACGAUGAGGUUCUUUACGAUACGGCAACAUUAAAUGACAUACUGUACGCUUUCAAUGAACACGUUUCUUAAUACUACCUGUUGUUCAUUGUUCGUUCAUCAUUUUUCGACUGAUGUUGCUGUUAGUUAGUUAGUAGAGAUAAACCACAGUCAAUGAAUGCUGUAAUGAUAUAUGAUUAGUUGUAAGUUUGAAUGAACUAUUGGGUUAACUAAUGUUAAUCUGCAGAAGUGUUACAGGAAUACAGUUUUGCUUUUGAUAAUAUCACUGAAAGACAUACACAAACACACACAAACACACACUUACACAACAUCAAUAGCUUUACACAAAAACAGUUCAGCUUUUGUCUUUGUCUGUGUUUUCUUCAAACCAAUAACUGGCUCCACGCUCGCCGCUUUGAUUCACGCUGGAUGAAUUGAAAAGCUCAUAAUCUCUGAUUUCUCAUCUGUCCAUCAUAGUGACACAGUGUAUUUUUUCUUUCAUCACUCUCUGUACAAACACUGCUCAGAAAAUCUAGAUGUAUCUUAAGAAAUAGCCUGAAUAUACUGUUAUAUAUUGCCUGACAUGAAAAUUGUGAAACUUAUAUUGGAAAAAGAAAUGAUUAUCAUUAUAAAUGAAAAACAGUAAAUAAAAACAUUUUGUGUUUAACAAACA